AAAUAAAAAAAUUAAUUGCUAUCAACUGUUUAGUUUCGGACCAAGAAAGAGAGCGCAAUCGCAACAGCAAGAAAGAAAAGAGAGAGAGAGAGAGAGAGUUUGUAGAAUUUUCUUCUUAUUUUCCUUUUGAUUUUUCUCUCAGCUUGUUCAUGUUAUGCAAUUAAAGGACGGCCGUUUGAUUGAUAGAUCUUCGUUUUUCUUGUAAAAACUGAUUUCUAUUUGAGACUCAAGAGAAAGCAUUGGCUCAGACAUCGCAAACAUGUGACUGUAGAAUGACAUAUUUGUGAAUAACCAUUAACAGGCCACAGAUGGGACUGGUGGAUAAGAUAUUGAGAAUGUGAGGGGAAUUGUUUUUAGCUUAAUAUAGACCUCAGCGAUCCUUAAAUUUUGAGAUUUGAAAGUUUCAAGAGAAGAAGCUGUUUGCAUACCAUCUGCUAGUGGAAUAUCUGCAUUUUGCAACAAUGAGUUUUGUUUUCCGAGGGACUAGAGGAGAUAUAGAAAGCGGGUUUUCGGGACUUAUUCCUGAACGUCCUGCUGUGCGUAUACAUGCAGCCCGACCAGUUAAUUCCAAUUCACUGGCCUUUCUUGUUACAGCAGUUCUUUUGCUGUUUAUGAUUUUAAACUCUCACCAAAUGUCACCAAACUUUCUGCUUUGGGUAGUAGUGGGUGUCUUUUUAAUGGCUACGAGCCUGAGGAUGUAUGCAACUUGUCAGCAACUUCAAGCUCGGGCCCGAGCUCAUGCUGCAGCAGCUAGUGGUUUGCUAGGCCAUACCGAGUUGCGUUUGCACAUGCCACCAUCAAUCGCUUUUGCUACAAGAGGACGCUUACAAGGACUAAGACUCCAACUUGCACUUCUUGACCGUGAAUUUGAUGACCUGGAUUAUGAAACCCUGAGAGCAUUAGAUUCUGAUAAUACUUCCACAACUCCUUCAAUGAGUGAGGAAGAGAUAAAUGCCUUACCCGUGCACAAGUACAAGGUCCCCGGCCCAGAGAGUGCUGGAUCAUCACUGCAGCAGGCAUCAUCUUCAUCAGCCUCUGUUGAGCCAAAGCAAGAUUCUAGGAAAGCUGAUGGGAGUAUGAAGGCUUCAGAAGAUGAACUAACUUGUACUAUUUGCUUGGAUCAAGUUAACAGGGGGGAGCUUGUUCGUAGCUUGCCAUGUCUGCAUCAGUUCCAUGCCAGCUGUAUUGAUCCGUGGCUGCGGCAACAAGGCACAUGUCCUGUAUGUAAGUUUAAAAUGGGGUCAGUGUGGCAGGAAAACAGGGAGAGUGAGUCAGAUGAUUCAGACAUGGUGUAACUUGACUCCCCUAGAAACACAAUCUGUAUAUGCAGUAAAGUAUAUCUAUUAUGUUUGCAGUUACAUAAAAAGUAAUGUUUUUUGGAUUGUGUCUGUAAAUAUCCUCGUCUGUAUGUUAUCUAUCAUGGACUUCAUGAAAGAAAAGGAGGGUAUAGGUUCAUCAUGCUUAGCCUUGUACCUUUAACUGAAAAAAAUUCCAUAUGAUCUCAUAUAAUAUACUUUGUGUGAGGUCAUUGGUUCCUUUUGGAUAGAUUUGUAGCUUUUUUUCCAUCCAACACAUAUCUUUAUUCUACUUUUCUAUGAAUUCCCUUCUCCUA